AUGCCUGUGCCUUUGGCUGUGUGCGCGGCCUUGGCGUCGCUGUGUUCCGGAGUGCUGGUACUCGCUGCCUGGCUGUGGAUGACACGACCGCGGACGUCGAUCCCAGGACCUCCGACACUGCCUCUGCUCGGAAACGCUACGUUAUUCUACAAACUGCCCGUGCUGUUGGACCGACUCGGAGACUUAAAGCAUCGUUAUGGAGACAUCUUCAGGUUUUACGUCGGGCCAAAGCUAGUCAUUGUGAUAACGGAACCCGAGGACGUGCAACGGCUAUUAGUGACCAGUAAACCACGUGAACGGGACCCGUACCUCGGCUUCAUGUUAAGCACAAUCCAAGGCAAUGGGCUACUCGUCAACAAAGGCGAAGUGUGGAAACUCCAUCGGAAGUUUGUCGAACCUGGCUUUCAUAAUGAGGAGCUGGAGAAAUUCAUGGACACGUUCAACGCAGAAGCGAGUUUCCUGUGCGAAAAGCUGGCGGAAUCGAAUGGUACAGAAAUAGACCUGACCGUCUGGCUCAUACUGACCACAUUACGCACUAUCCACGCCACAGUUUUUUCCUUCAAACUGGAAAAUAUGGAGCCAGAUCUGAAGAAGCAGGAGGAACUUGCUGCUGAAAUAGUUGAUUUCACAAGAGCUUUCUCGAGGAUGUUAUACCGCCCAUGGACAGCAAUCAGUUUUUUCAAGUGGAUGACUGAAGAUGGUCGGAAACUUGUAAGAAUUAACGCUUUUACCAGAUCCUUCGCGCAGAAAUCAAUUUCCCUCGUAAGGCGAAAUCUUUCUAACAAAAAUAUCAGUGCAAGAUCACUGUUAACUUGCCUUCUGCCAGGAAACAAACUGGGAGUAACGGCGACUGAAAAGGAGAUACUUGACGAAGCAAUCACACUUUCUUCGACCGGUACGGAGACAACUGCGGACACAAUGGGCUACAUGAUGACUCUUCUCGGGCUGCACCCAGAGUGGCAAGAACGUGCACAGCGGGAGCUGGACGAUGUCUUCGGGACCGGAGGUGACUACUUGAGGCCAGUCACCACUGCAGACUUUGCCCAGCUUCCAGUACUCGACGCCAUCGUGAAGGAGACGCUGCGGCUGUUCCCAACAGCGCCUGCCGCGCCAUACGUGGUGACUGAGGACAUCCCCCUGGCAGGGGGUCGGUAUGUGGCGCCGCGUGGCAGCACCGCGAUGGUCGCCUACUACCUGUUGCACCGCCAACCCCAGCUGUUUCCAGACCCGCACAAGUUCGACCCCAGUCGUUUCCUGGAGGGUGGCAGCGCGACAAACAGGAAACCCUACAGCUACGUGCCGUUUGGUGUCGGCCCUCGCAAAUGCGUGGGAGGCCGGUAUGCAACUUUGCAAAUUAAAACUGUACUGUCAACGGUGCUGCGGCGUUAUCAUAUACUGCCUGGAUCCAGCAGAAAGGACCUAGAAGAGAGUGUAUUUUCCAUAGCACUCUUUCCACUCACUGGCUAUAGAGUUACUUUUGUCCCACGAGACAACAUACCUUCGAGUUCUCCGUGAAACAUUUCUGCAGUGGGAAAUUAAAUGUCAGCAAUCUUUCUACAAAGCUUUAGCUGUUACUUGGGUAUUUUUGCUGAGAAUUCCCGUUACAAUAAUGACAAGUGAAGUUAGUUAAUUCCAUAUUCCAAGGAUUAUAUCGUCUUUGAAGAAACAGUAUCAUGUAAAUGACUUUUCCGGAUUUCAGUCGGUUGAUCUAUUUCAUACUGUUACUGCGGGACUAACAAAUUUUCAAAUACGUGCAAUGAAAGUGAAGCUGAAAGUCAAAUGAGGUAAAAAGAGACGUUUACUCCACAUAAGUGCAAAAGAAUAGAGCAAUUCUGGAUGGGAGGAGCUCCAUAAGGCUGUUCGCAGAUAUUGCUGUCGUCUAUAGGGAGAUGGAUACGCUGGAAGACUGUAGCGAAUAGCAGAAAGGCCUGCACACAGAGUAUCGAACAUGGUGGAGUGAUUGGUAGCUGUCAAUCACUCUCAGAAAAGAAUCUCCACUUUCAUACGCUGCUAUCAAUGAGUACCGAUUUCUUUCUUGAUUGAAACACUGUCUUGUGCCGUGCUGUAUAUUCUCAUCAAUCGAAAGCUUCACCAGAGGUCUACUUUUAAACUCCAAGAGAAAUAUAACUAUAAAAGGUGCUGUCAUUUAUGCGCUUCUGAAUUCAUGUGGCAAAUUGGUAGAGUCAGUUACACGGUGUUUUUUCUUCA